UGUCAAAGCCACCCGAAGAAAACGUGAGCCACACCAAAAGCCGAACCGGUUAAAGUGUUCUUGAUUGAAAAUCGUCUCAUAUUGAUUAAUUAGACUGAGACUAGCGCCUAAUCAACACAUUCAGCUAAGAUGUCGCGAGAAGCAAUUGAAAAUCUAACACUGGACCUGGAGGAGAUGCGAAAACUGGCGGCCACUGCCCAGAGAAGCCGCGUGCAACAGAUGCUCGCCAUCGAUGUACGCAAGCUAGAAACGGACAUUCAGCGGCAGCGCGAUCUGCUGGCAGCCCAAAGCAGCAGCGAACAAGGCGUCACGCGUCCCGCCCCGACCCCCGUGUCGGCGCCCGGUGACAUUCGCCGCUACCAGGUCGAGCUGAAGGAGUACGCGUGGGAUCAGAGUGAUAAGUUUAUAAAAAUCUUCGUCACGGUGAACGGCGUACAGCAGGUGCCGGAGGAUAACGUUAAUGUGGAGUUCACGGAGAACUCGUUCCAGCUUGUGAUCAGCGAUCUCAACAACAAGGACUACAUUUUCGUCGUGAACCAUCUACUGAACAGGAUCGAUGCGGAAAAGAGCUACCGGCGUGUAAAGUCCGAUAUGGUGGCCAUCUAUCUGGCAAAACAGAGCCCUGCCAAGUGGGCCCACCUGACACUCACGGCCAAACGGCUACAAGACCUCAAGAAUGAGCGGAUGUCCGACGGUAAGAAAGUUUCUGCGACCGAUGACCCUUCAGCGGGCCUGAUGAAUAUUAUGCAGCAACUGUACGAAUCCGGUGAUCCCGAGACGAAACGCAUGAUCAACAAGGCCUGGCACGAGUCGCAGACAAAGCAAACAAGCCAACCUACCCUCGAAUAGAAGGGGUCCGCUACGGAUGAGCCGGUAUGAGGUGGCCAUUCAAAUGAAAGUUUCAGUAACUGUAUUACGGAACUCGUAAAUAUUACGAUAAUUACACAUAAUAUGAAAAAAUAAAAUUGAU